GGCCGCGGCGGCGGCGGCGGCUGCUGCUGCUGCUGCUAGGUAAGUCAGGUUGCGUGGGAACAAGCUUUGUAACUGAGAACGUCUGGUCUGUUGCUACAAAGACUCUAUUGACAUCGGUGACUUCAGCGACAGCAGCUUCUUAAGGUAGAGAUAGUUGGUUUCUGCAGAGGCUACAGGCAUCCUUCGCUAGGACUGCUGUAGGCUUUGAGUCCCUAGCAGGAGACAUGCCUCGCGGACGGAAGAGCCGGCGCCGCCGUAACGCAAAGGCAGCAGAAGAGAACCGCAAUAAUCGCAAGAUCCAGGCCUCAGAAGCCUCCGAAACCCCAAUGGCCGCCUCUGUGGUUCCGAGCACCCCCGAAGACGACCUGAGCGGCCUAGAAGAAGACCCAAGCACUCACGAGGAGGCCUCUACCAACCCUGAAGAAGCCUCGAGCACUGCUCAGGCGCCUGCAGUGGCCCGGAGCAAUUUUCAGGGCACCAAGAAAAGUCUCCUCAUGUCCAUAUUAGCCCUCAUCUUCAUCAUGGGCAGCAGCGCUAAGGAGGCCCUGGUCUGGAAAGUGCUGGGGAAGUUGGGGAUGCAGCCUGGGCGGCAGCACAGCAUCUUUGGAGAUCCGAAGAAGGUCGUCACAGAAGAGUUUGUGCGCCGAGGGUACCUGAUUUAUAAGCCAGUGCCCCGCAGCAGUCCCGUGGAGUACGAGUUUUUCUGGGGCCCUCGAGCACAUGUGGAAUCAAGCAAGCUGAAAGUCAUGCAUUUUGUGGCAAGAGUUCGUAACCGAUGCUCGAAGGACUGGCCAUGUAAUUAUGAUUGGGAUUCAGACGAUGAUGCAGAAGUUGAGGCUAUCCUCAAUUCAGGUGCUAGGGGCUAUUCUGCCCCAUAGAGAUAUCUGAGGCAGACCCUUGGGGGUGGGAAAGAGUGUCAAAGGUACCCCAAGGAGUAGAUAGGCUGUGUCCAGACCUGAAAAUAACGUGGAUUGGGGUGGGAGGGGCACUGUAUUUGGUAUUUGUGAUCAAUGCUACUUGUUUAACUGCGAAAUAGAGUGUUUGCUUUGGAUAGUGUAAAAUUCCAUUCUUUUUAUAACCUUUUGAUUGAGGAUCACAAUAUGUUCAAAAUAUAAUUGAAGAGGUUUUU